GCGUGAGCCCGUGACAUGAAAAAAAGGGUUGGAAACCAAAAUCGCUUCUGUUUGAAGGCUGAAGCCUGUAUGCACUGUAUACCUGUCUCCUCGGAGUGUCUCGUAUAUAGCACAUAGAUAGAACAGAGAAAGCUAAGCAAAGCAUAAAAUGGAAGAUAUGAAGAAGAGAAAGAUGGAGGAAGCUAGCAACGGCGCUGAAAUCUCACCAACCCAAGAGCAACUCCGUUCUCUCCUUGACCCUCUCAACAAAUCCCAGCUCGUCGAUCUGCUCUCUAGACUAGGGUCCCAAUAUCCUUCAAUUGCAGAGGAAAUUAAAAAUGUAGCCAGUGCAGAUCCAGUACAUCGAAAGCUUUUUGUUCGUGGCUUGGCCUGGAAUACCACUUCAGAAACCUUGUGUGCUGCUUUUCGAGUACAUGGUGAAAUAGAAGAAGGGGCUGUCAUUUACGACAAAGCAACAGGAAAAUCUCGUGGCUAUGGCUUCAUUACUUACAAACAUAUAGAAUCAACACAAAGUGCACUAGCAGCACCUAGCAAAUUGAUUGAUGGUAGGAUGGCUGUCUGUAAUUUAGCAUGUGAGGGAUUAAGCGGCGCAACUGCUACAUCUGAUUCAGCCCAAAGAAAACUCUAUAUUGGAGGUUUGUCGCCAGAGAUCACAAGUGAGAUGCUUCUCAACUUUUUUGGAAGGCAUGGUGAGAUUGAAGAAGGUUCAGUUGCCUAUGACAAAGAUACCAAUGAAUCACGUGGGUUUGGUUUUGUUACAUACAAGACAGUGGAGGCUGCAAAGAAGGCAAUAGAAGAUCCACAAAAGACACUUGGGGGGAGAACUAUGAUUGUUAAGCUUGCUGAUAUGCACAAGGGCAAAACAGCACAGACGCAAUUGCCUGCGCCGGUGGUUCCAAUGCCCUUGCCAAUGGCAGCUGGAUACACACAGCCCGGGAAGGAACAUCCUGGUCCUGCCCCUGUUGGCUAUUCUUAUCCUCAAACUAUGGCACCAUACCCUGCUUCUUCCUACCCAAGCCUUUCCACAGCUCCUCCUCCAUAUCCUCCACAAUCACAUAUUUCAUAUCCACCGGUUGCCGUGCAUAAAGAGCCAGUCAGACUUUCACCAUCAGCACCCAUGGCAAUGGGUGGAUACCCUUACUACCUUCCUAAACAAUAAUUUGCUCUCAAUGAAAUCUUACUGAUGUUAAAGUUUAUGCCCCCUUUACCCACCUCACAGGCAAUUAUUGCUUUCGGUCCAUCAUGGAUCCAAGACACAAACAUAUGGGUACUGAUUCUUUUUAUUUUCUGCUAGUUCUGGCUAGUUGCGGUAAUUUUGUCGAGUAGACUUUUCUGUAGUUCUCGCUAAUUGUGGUAAUUUUGUUGAGUAGACUUUUCUGCAGUUCUAGUAGAGCAGGUGUUGGGAUGCUAAGAAUUGCAGAGAACCUUAAGUUUUUGUUGUCACUGUUACUCUCUCUCUCUCUCUCUAUCCCUCCAUAGACGCAUCACAUGUAUUAUAGCUCGACUGUUGUAAUUUAAGGUAGGAAUAAUUGAAUUGUUGAGUGGGAUGCCAUUCUCAUAUAAGUUGAUUCAGUUUCUUUUUUCCA